UUUCAAGGUCGACAGUGAGGGAUAUAACAAUAUGAUCUGUCCGUAUUAGGUUUAGUCUGUGCACAACGGCCAGCAGAAAAUGGAAAUUUGUGCCCUUAAAUAACUAGUGAAUUUUGUGGAAGUGCUAUUUAUACGGUGCAGCACUACAUGAAGGGCCAAAGAAAUGAAGCCGUUUAUUAAGCAGGCGUUCGUGGUAUCCGGCGCGGCGCUGAACAUUGCUGGCCAUGGCUGCGCGCACGGCUUCCCCGCGGUGCUGUUCGCACAGCUGAAGGCUGACGGUGGACCUGUCACACUCACCGACCAUGAUACAUCCUGGAUAGCAUCGGUUGUGGGCGUGAUGGGCAUCGUUGGGAACUUCAUAUCACCAAUUCUGAUGACAAAGUUCGGUCGUCAAAAGGCGCAUCUAAUCAGCACCGUGCCGGCUCUCCUCGGAUGGAUAGUCUUCGUCCUCGGCAACACUGUACCAGCCUUCAUUCUUGCCAGACUGCUACAUGGUCUAGCGUUAGGCUUACGAACGCCUUUAGCAGCAAUAUUAGUAGCAGAAUACACAGAGCCGAAGUACCGUGGUGCAUUCCUUGGUACUUUUGCAAUAUCUCUUGGUUUAGGGAUAUUAUUAUCCCAUGUGUGGGGAGCUCAUUUGACAUGGAAAAUCACAGCAGUCGUAUGUUCUAUGUUCCCAUUAAUAGCUAUGACUAUUAUAAGUCUAUCACCUGAAUCUUCAAGCUGGUUGGUCUCUAAAGGAAAAUUCGAUGAGGCUAGAAAAGCAUUCGUUUGGGUUAGAGGUAAUGGUGAAGAAGAGAAGCAGGAGUUAGAAGCAUUAAUCAAAGCGCAAGAAAGAGAACAAAUACUUGAACAUGAUACUGUGAGAGUUGUUAAGAAGUUUAGAUGGAAGCACAUAAUGAGGCCAGUUAUAAAUACUCUAAAGACAGUGUUGAAAAUAUUUAAGAAGAAAGAAUUUUAUAAACCGUCUAUUAUAGCUAUAAGUAUGUUAAUUGUGUUUGAGUUCGGAGGAGCGCAUAUGGUGCCCGCGUAUGGGAAUUUGAUUCUGCAAUCGGUACUGGAUAAGAAGGAUUUAAGUGACGUCACUUGGCAAUUUACUGUGAUAGAUUUAUUGAGAACAAUUUGUGCUUUAUUAGCUAUAUUUUUAUUAAAGAAUUUUAAACGUAGGACGAUUUUGUUUUCUAGUGGUGUUAUGACUGUGUUUUCUUUGACUGCUGUGUCAGUUUUUAUGUAUUUAAGGAAUGCUGGUGUUUUUACUGAAGGUUGGGUGUUAGACGUGGUUCCUAUGAGUCUAAUGAUAUUGUACACUUUGUCAUUCUGUUUGGGAUUAGUUCCGUUAAAUUGGGUGAUUUGCGGGGAAGUGUUUCCUUUAGCUUAUAGAAGUUUGGGAUCAACUUUGUCUACGUCAUUUUUGACUCCUUCUUUUGUGGUAUCGAUGAAGACAGCUCCUCAUUUGUAUUCUUCUAUAGGAGUGGAAGGAGCAUUUUUAGUAUAUUCGGCAACUCUUACUGUCUGUCUAUUGAUAAUGUACGCUUUGAUGCCGGAAACAAAAGACCGUACAUUACAAGACAUAGAAGAGAGUUUCAAAGGUAAGAAAUGUGAAGACGUUGAAACUCAACUAAAUCUUAUUGAUAAGGAAAAUGUUACGAAGUAACUAUUGAAGUAUUAACUUUAGUGAGAGUAAAUAAGCGUACAAAUGUAUUUUUUAGAUUAAAAUUAUAAUUAAGAAUGUACAAAGAACAAAAUAAAUGAUAUUUUAGUUUAUAAAAUUC